AGUAUCUUGGGUAUGCAAUCUUCCACACCAAAACACAAGAAGUUGCAACCUUAAACUCUUUCCUUCCUUCACACAAUGUUGUCCAUUUUCCGUCAAUACACCUUCGAUAAUUCGUUCGAGCAAGUGUACUUCUCGAACACGGUCCUGAAGGAGUAUCAGAUCGCACUCACCUUCGCCACCGAUUACGACGAACUCGACCAACCCACCAACGGCAUCUUCCGCCCCGUCUGGAACCUUGCGAAGGUAACACCAGAAGCCAUCAAGCAGUUCAAGGAGAAGGCCGGAAGCAUGGACGUGGAGGUGGAAUUGUUCAUCUCCAUCGGCAACCGCGGCAACCGUCACCCCUUCAAAUCCCCCGACAGAGAAGCAUGGAUUGUCAACGCCACCGACUCACUCACGCGCCUCAUCCAGGAGGUGAACCUCCAAGUGGACGGCAUCGACGUGCAGUACGAGACAAUCGAUGCCUCACCCGCUGACUUUAUCUAUUGCGUGAGAGCUCUGAUAAAGAACCUGAAGGACAAUGGGGUAAUCACCGUAGCUUCCAUUUCCCCCACCUUUAACCUCAACACCGACUUCUACUCUACUUUGUACACUUCCAUGCCGUCCUUGUUUGAUUAUGUGGAUUACCAGUUCCAGACGGAGCUUGAUCGUGUUCCAGACCCUACUGCGCUGGCGCAGAGGUACGAUGAGCUCACCCAGAUUUAUCCCAUAAGGAAGCUCUUGGCUGGGUACAGCGCAGAGAACGCCGACUGGUCCACUGUUUCACCCAUCGUCUUCUUCCUCGGUGCCAUGGACAUUCUCCAGCAGAAAAAUGCUCCUGGUGCUUCCAUUUAUUACCAUAAUUUCUCUGCUCCUCAAUGAACAUCACUCUCCUAGUACCAUCAUCUUAUUCACUAUUUACACCAUCUGCUUCUUCACUAUUUGCACCCUCAUCAUCUUAUCCAUUCCCCACCUAUAUAUGAAAUAAAACGACAUCUUUUAUCUCCC